AUGACUUCGGUCAUCGAAGACGGCUCCCCAAGUUUUGACCCCAUUGAAGACGAUUUCCUCAUAGCGCUUAUUGAAUCAGUACAACGUAACCCGUGCGUCUACAACCGCUAUAAUCCGUUACACAAAUUCACUGAGCACAAGCUCAAGAUAUGGAAGAUGAUCAGCGCUGAAGUUGGAUUUGACGGACAGCAGGUAGAGUUGGAAAGGAAAUGGAAACAUAUGAGAGAUAAAUAUGUUCGGUUGAGAAAGCAGGAUAGAAUGAGGGCGCCGAUCAAGGAGACUGAUAAGUGGUACAAUUAUUACCAGAAAAUGUCAUUCCUGGACCCAUAUAUUGAGCACCGUAAUCGGAAACGUCAGAUGGAUAGAGCCAGCACUUCGCAUAUACAAGACGAUGACGAAUUGUUGCUGGAUGAGAUUAACAGCAUGAAAAAAGAUUUGGCACAAGAUAGAAAUAAUUAUCAUUCUCUUCAAACUUCUUCAAGCUCCUCAUCUUCUGGAAACACUCCCAACAGUAACUUGAAUUCACCAGAUCAAGAAAUGAACAUAGAUGUGAAGAGACUGGCACACCCCUAUAAUAAUAGGUUUGAUGGGGCUGCUGGAAAUAACAAGGUAUCUCUUUUCAUCCGCAUUGUCUCUCAAGCUCUAUCAAACAUGGAUCGCAGAGAUUUUGAAAAGGCUCGUCUAGAAAUCUCCAAAGUGUUGCAUAAGAUCGAUUUGGACAAUUGA